GCUGGCUCCGUGCCUUACAUCUCCGGCGUCACGCUGGGGUACCAGUCCUCUGAGCGGCUGGCGGCCCUGGAGGAGCUGUGCGCGUGGUCCGGCGGCCUGGCUUUCAACAUCGCGGAGCCGGCGGCGCUGCAGUCCGCCGCCGACGGCCUCGGCGCCCUCCUCGGCGAGGGCGGCGCCAGCAGCACGUGGUUUUCCCUGAUGGGGGCGCAGUCCGCCCUCAUCGAGACCUUCCAGUCUGCAGGGAUCCGUGCUCUCGAGCUGCUGGCGCUGCGCCAAUCCCUGAUCUCGGCGGUGCCCCAGUGCCCCGCGGUCUCGCUGGCGUGCCCGCCCGCGAACGUCUCUUGCCCCGUCCAGGUCUGCCCAGCGCUGGCCCGCCCGACCCCAGCGUGUCCCGUGCCGCUGGUGGAUCUCUCCUGCCCGCCUGCAGGAGCGGAGCUCGUCCCUGACGGGCUCGACAUCCCCUCGGCCUGCUGGGGAUACCUGGCAGGUGACUACGUGCUCUUCCAGUAUGACCUGCCUGGAGCGCCGGUGUAUCAUGAGAGGCUCGUGACAGGGGUCUCGAUCGGGGAUCCAGGUCUUGUCAGCACGUUCUCGCCAGAUGGGGACCACUACGCCGAGUACACGACGUCCGACGACCUCAGAGAUGCGCGGUGGUCGGGAGCGCAGGGCGCCACCCCCCCUGGGGCCAACCCCGCCCACGUCUACCGCUUCCGCCAGGUGCCAACGGCGGCCGAGGUCCAGCAGCUGAUCCGCGUGGGCUCGCUCCUGAUCGGGGGGGUGGCGCCGCCUGCUGCCGCUGUUCCUGCCGCCGCAGCGGCGCCCGUGGCGGCUCCCCCCGCGGCGGCCGCACCGCAGGGGGCCAUCGUGCCUCGAGGCGCUGGCGUGGUGGGAGGGGUCCCCCGCGCUGGGGCCGCGGCCGCCCCCGCAGUGGCUGGCACAGUUUGGCUGGCUAUUGAGGACUUCCAGGGGAUGCGGCGCGGCGAGCAGAUGCCUGAUCCUCUCCCUCAGGGUGCCGUCGUACACGGGGAGCUGGCGCUGGUGCCUCAUGGAGGGGGCUUCGUCGGAGCGCGCCAGGUGGCCCUAGCCGACGUGGAUGCCUUCGUCGUGGACGACCUGCGCGUGCUGCCUGUGCGUUUCAACCAGCAGGGGGCGCGCCGUCGCCCUUACAGCGAGGCCGUGGACAUGCAGAUCGUGGAUGAGCCUGAGGGAGGCAUCAUGCUGCAGGGCCCUCGCACUACGGAUUGGGUGCUGAGGUCGUAUCGGGAUGCCGGGCUCACGCCAGUCACUCACCACUCGAACUGGCUGAGGCGAAGGCUGGCACAUAGGCGGCAGACGGAGCAGUGUGCCAAUGAUGCCAUUGCGGGCCUCAACGCUCUCCAUCCUCCGUGCGAGCAGCGUGGGCCCAUCACGGCGGCUCAGCGGCUUGCUACCGCCACCAUUUUGAACGAGGUCAGAAUGGCCCCGAAGUCUGACACUCACGUUUCUCGCCGUGGAGCCGCGAAGGAGCUCCUGGCCUCCAGCCUGUCCUACACCGCGGACGAGGCACCGAGUCCCGUGGUAAGGUACGUCAGAUCCCGAGUCGACAUCCCAGAAGUGGGUGCGGUCAUACCUCCUGUUGAGUCGGUGCUCGACGGGAUCGGGAGGAGCUACGUGCUGGACUACGAGCAAGCCAUGAUGAAGACUCCUGACGAGUGGUCCCGCGUCUUGGAUAGCGAGCCGCCCGUCACCCCCCACAUGGAUGAAGUUUUGAAGCGUGACCCAGUGGCAUACCACACUUUCAUCGGCGACCUGGUGAAGGCUAACAUGCUGGGUUUCACGUACCGCCCGAAGGAUUUAGUCACUCCCUUUUUCGUGGCCAAGAAGAGUGGAGCGCAGCGUCUAGUGUGGGACGCUAGAGUGCCAAAUCGACGUUUUCGCGACCCGCCGCCGCUGGCCAUGGGGACAUCGGCGGCGCACGGUCGCCUACAGCUACCUGAUGAUCGUAAGGAGGACGGCAGCUUCAACACCGAGCUUUUCUGCGCCCAGGCUGACGUGCGCAACUACUUCUACGCUCUCGGCCUGAGGGAGGAGCUGGGACUGUUCUUCUCGCUGCCUCUGGUGUCGCAGGCUUCGUUGUCGCAAUGGGGGGUUGAGGCAGUGGACACUCCCGAGGGCCCCUCGGGGGGCUGGGUUUGGCCGUUCCUGCGGGUCCUUCCGAUGGGCUGGUCUUGGGCUUUCUGGCUUGGGCAGCGUGCGAAUGCGCACGUCUGCUGCUCUGCCUCGGGGCUCGGGUUCCCGCGGGUGCUGACCGAUCACGGCCCGGUGCCCCCGCUCGACGGGGGGGUCCCUUGCCUCCUCCCCUAUUGCGAAAACAUCAACGUCAUCGGCACCGACCCUGUCAGAUGCAAUGUUUUGAUGCACCAGAUCUGCGACGCCUGGAGGAAGCAUGGCGUGCAGAUUCACGAGGUGGUCGAGGCCACUGACGUCUUCGCCAGCCUCGGCCGUCUGAUCGACGGCGCGUCUGGGCGAGUUUUCUCACGGCCCGAGCGCUCCGAGCGCCUCCGCCAAGCUUCACUGUGGCUAGAGCAGCGCCCUAGAGUCACGGGGAGGGAGGUGGAGAGGUACGUGGGUCAUCUCAUUGAUCAUCUGAUGCUGAAGAGGGAGCUGCUCUCGAUCCUCAGGAGUUUGUAUGAUUUCGUCAGAGAGUGCUAUCACGUGCGAGCCCGUCUCUGGCCCUCGGCUGCCCGCGAAGUCGAGCAGUGCCGUCGCCUGCUGCCGCUGAUGUCUGCCAACCUUCGGCUUCAGUGGUCGCCGACGGUCUUCGCUUACGACGCGUGCUUGACGGGUAUGGCCACGUGUCAGACAACACUGUCAUCAGAUCUUGCCAAGCGCAUCGGGUCAGUCAGCGAGAGAUGGAGAUAUCGCAUGCCUUCGGCUAUCUCGGCACGCCGUUCUGCUCUGGGAGUCCGUUCUGGAGGCUAUGAGGCCUCGGAGGGGCCGUUCGACGUCUUCAGCGACAUCGAGACCGUCAAGGCCCCCAAGAGCACCAGCAUGGACCUCAUCAAGGACCCCUGGGAGCUCAACCCGCAGUUCACAGAGGUGCCCGUACAGGCUCUGCAGGGCCCCCAGUGGAAGCAGGUGGUCUCGGCCAGGGUUCACGUCAAGGUGUCCCGCCUGCCCCGCGCGGUGUCCGUCAAGCGCCCAGCUGCCAGCCCCAAGAUCGUGCAGAAGAGCUUUUUGAAGGGCAGGCCGUUUGUUGGGGCGACGAAGGAGGAGAGGAUUGCUCACCGUCUGCGGGCCUCUGGGCCGUUCACGAUGGCGGGGGAGGACGAGAGGGGCUUCCUGGAGUGGAACGCGGUGGCGCCCGAGACCCAGGCAUACUACAAGGACGCCCUCGACGACUUCCAGACGUUCGUGGACCUUUUCGAGCUGCCGCUGCACACCGCGGCUCAGGUCGACCUGGCGCUGAUGAACUACGCCGACUACGCCUGGAGCAUCGGGCUCGAGAGAGCCGCCGUCCUGAAAACAUAUGCCGCGUACAUCUUGGCGCACCCCGACUUUUCCCGAAAGGGGUCGCUCCGCCUGCCGCGUUUCUGUCGGGCCCUCCAGGGUUGGAGGCGCCUGGACCCAGGCCAGACGCGCCCGCCCAUGCCCUGGCAAGUGGUCGCGCUGGUCGCGCUGGCGAUGGCCACGCAGCUGGGGUCCCCGCGCGCGGCGCUCAUGGUGGUGACGAUGUUCUGGGUGUACCUCAGGCCCUCCGAGGCCGUCGGCCUGCGCGAGCAGGACCUCUUCCUCCCCUCGGGCUCGUGCACGGACUACGGCUUCAACCUGCACCCCAGCGCGAGGGGCGAGUACAGCAAGACCAGCUUGUCGGACGAGAGCCUGCUCCUCGAUUCGGUCGAGGUGCCCUGGCUGGGCCCGCUGCUGGCGCGCGCGAGGUCGGGGGACCCGCAGGCGCCGCUGUUCCGUCUCACCGCCGCGCAGCUGGGCGUCAUGUGGCGUCAGGCGCUGGAGCUGGCCGAGGUGCCCACCAAGUGCGUGCCCUACCAGCUCCGCCACGGUGGCCCCUCGCACGAUCGCCUCAAGAGGUAUCGUUCCAUGGACGAGAUCAAGAGGCGCGGGCGGUGGGCCAGCGACUACACGAUGAAACGCUACGAGGCCCACGCGCUGGUGCAGCAGGAGCUGGCGGCACUCCCAGUCGACGUCUGCCGCAGGGCCGAGGCGGCGCCCGCGAAGCUGCACGCCGAGCUCGAGAGGCUCCUGGCGCGGCCCCAGAGGCCGUUCGUCGAGCUCAUGUGCGGCUCCGCCGCCUUGGCCAAGGCCGUCCACGCCGCCGGCUGGGCUUCGGAAGGCUGGGACUAUGCUGACGACCCGCGAGCCGACCUUCUUGAUGAGUCCCUCGUCGACAGUCUGGUUUUGAGGAUCUCACGGAAGGAAGUCGCGGGGGUGCAUGUCGGCCUGGACUGCAAAACGUGGAGCCGGGCAAGGAAGAAUGAUGGACAGGGUCCGCCGCCGCUCAGGGACGAUGCGAAUUUGCACGGCCUCCCUCUGCUGGCGGCGGCAGACGCUGAGAAGGUGAGGAUCGCCAAUCGUCUGCCCGCCAAUGUUCUGCGCCUGCUGGCGGCGGCCGUCGAGGCGGGAGUCCCCUUCUCUCGAGAACCCUCGCACGUCUCGCCUCUGGCUGAGCCAUGGCUCGCGACGCUCACGCCGAGUGGGCUUCUGUUGAUUAUUGCCAGUAUCAGGGCGUGCCCUUACCCCGCGGCGCUCUGCACAGAUCUAGCAGCGCUGGUGGUGGCCAAAGCCAAGACACUGGAUGGCAGUGGGUAG